CCCCCCCCCCCUCUGUUCCGCACACCACCACAACAAACGACAUGGCUGAGGACGGGUGGCACUUGGCGUGCGAGGCGACGGCGAUCCCGGAGAAGAAAGGGUUCAAAGUACGCAUCGAGGACCGUGACAUUGCCUUGUUCCGGGACGGGGAUCACGUGUUUGCCCUGGACGCGCGUUGCUACCAUGCAGGUGGACCGCUGCAUAUGGGCGACAUUGAGGAUGUGGCGGGGAAGACGUGCAUUCGGUGUCCUUGGCACCACUACAAGUUUGCAGUGGGCACAGGCGAGUGCGUUGGCAUGGGGCGAAUCACCACAAACACAGGAGUCAAGCAGCGACGACAUCGCGUCAAGGUGGAGGACGGCAAGGUGUUUGUCAAGGUCAACACAUCGGGAGCGUUUCCAUCCGACAGAUACUACACACCCCAGAUGGAACGCCUCUUCAGGAUUCCAUGAGUGUGUGUGUGUGUGAAUGUGCUGUGUGUCUGUUUGUUUGUGGGGUGUGUGUGUGUUUGUUUGUGCGGGUGUGUGUGUGCAUGUUUGUUUCUGUUUCUUUGUUUGCAUGUCUGUGUCUGUGUGUAUGCGCACGGGUGUCUUUGUUAUAUGUCAAGCUAUAACUUGCAGACUGCUUGUUUGCAGCGCAUGCUAUCAUUUUCUCGCUCGUUGUUUGGCUCCCACCCUUAUCAUUUCCUUCCUUGCUUGAUUUGUGGCCUCGCGCCUGACGCAUGUAUUGAACACUUUGUGACUUGCUUUGAUAUUGCUAAUCUGUGUUGUCGAGAGUUGUUGGGGUUUGUGUUAAUUCAAUAAGAACACACAACACACAA